AUGGAGCCCGGGCCGCCCGGCGGCUCCAGGCCCGCCGAGCGGGGGCCUUGCCUCAGCAGCCCGCCCGGCGCAGACGAGGCGGCCUCGGCCUCCCCGCUGAGCGCGGCCGGGGCCGAGCCAGGGCGCCGCCCGCUCGCCGUGGCAGCCGUGUUACCGGCGGGGGGGAGCGGGGAGAGGAUGGGCGUCCCCACCCCGAAGCAGUUCUGCCCCGUCCUGGAGCGGCCGCUCAUCAGCUACACCCUGCGAGCCCUGGAGAGAGUAUGUUGGAUAAAGGACAUUGUUGUGGCAGUAACUGGAGAGAACAUUGAAGCAAUGAACAGUAUCAUUCAGAAGUACCAGCAUAAGCGCAUCUCAGUAGUUGAAGCUGGAGUAACCCGCCACAGGUCAAUUUUCAAUGGACUAAAAGCACUGGCAGAGGAUCAGCCCGACUCAAAGCUGUGUAAGCCAGAAGUUGUGAUUAUCCAUGAUGCUGUCAGACCAUUUGUUGAGGAAGAUGUCCUUCUCAAAGUUGUCAUAGCUGCUAAGGAACAUGGGGCAGCAGGAGCAAUUCGACCUCUUGUAUCUACUGUCAUCAGUCCAUCUGCUGAUGGUUGCUUAGACCACUCGCUAGAACGUGCCAGACACAGAGCAAGUGAAAUGCCGCAGGCUUUUCUAUUUGAUGUGAUCUAUGAAGCAUAUCAGCAGUGUAGUGACUAUGACUUGGAAUUUGGAACUGAGUGUUUGCAAUUGGCUCUAAAAUACUGUCACACUAAAGCCAAACUUGUAGAAGGAUCACCUGAUCUCUGGAAGGUGACCUACAAACGAGAUCUGUAUGCGGCUGAAUCAAUUAUUAAGGAGAGAAUUUCACAAGAAAUUUGUGUAGUUAUGGACUCAAAAGAAGGUGAAGAACACAUAGGUCGUAUUCUUGAAGAAGUGCUGAAAAGUGAAUUAAAUCAUGUGAAAGUCACAUCUGGGGCUCUGUGUCAUGCUGGUGGAGAUCUUCAGCAAAUCAUCUUGGAGCAAUGCUAUAAUUUUGUUUGUGUGAAUGUUAUGACCUCUGAUUUUCAAGAAACCCAUAAGUUACUGAGUAUACUUGAAGAGAAUAAUCUUUCUAUUUUAUAUCCAGUUGUUGUUGUUUCAGUACAUUUUUUUGACGUUAAAUUAGUACCGCUCAGUCAGAAAAUGGAAAACCUGAUGUGGAUUAGGGGAUUUGCGAAGGAAGUGAGAAAAAGAAAUAUUUUGUUACAUGGCCUUCUCAUAUGUUAUCCACAGGAUGAGCAGAAACUACAAGAGAGUUUAAGGCAAGCUGCCAUCAUUAUUGCUGCCUUAAUCAAAGAGAGAAAUUCUGGACUCGUUGGUCAGCUACUGGUAGCAUGAAGAACACAGAGAGAAAAUUACCUAUCAGGCUUUUUAAAACCUUGACCCAAGUAUCUCUUUUGUGCUUCAUUCUCCCCUUGUUGUGUGAGGUAGAAUGUUUAAGUUGGCUUCUGUGUCAUCUUAUAAUUUGUAGGAUGUGAUACUUAGAUUAUAGAAGUGGAUCAAUGCUUAUAUCUGUGAAAUAAAAAUAUUUUUUGUAUGUCAAAUAUAAAUUGCCUGAACAGAAAAAAGUAGUAAAUAAGUGGAAAAUAACAGUCUUCACAUGACGAAUCUUUUCACAAAGGCACAAAAGAUCAAGUAGAAAUAAUGAUGGGUGAGCUAUUCUUUCAAGGAAUGAGAAUUUAGAAAACUUCAGCUCUUAUCUUAACUCUGUGCUAAUAAAUCACACUGUAAUAAAGUUAAUGGAUAAGCUUCAGAAUUAUUCUCAAUUCUAAAAUUGUCCUUUCACCAUGCGAUAUUUUAUCUUCUUGUCUUGUAUUGAAAUUUUCUAUAUCUUAAAAAAAAAAAUGGAACUGCUUGUUUCAAAUGUCUUCCCUAUUUGUGUCAUAUUA